GAUUGCAGACAAGGGGGGGGGAGGGAUCUGGGAAGACCUGGCUGGUGCUCAGAAACAGAACUCUGUCCGCUCCCAGCACAGCAGAGAGAGAACGGCUUCCGAACUGAGCGGACAACAUGAAGGUCUCUCUCUUGGUGCUCUUCCUCCUCCUUCAUGCUCCCUACUGCUUAUCUCAGUCUCUUGGAAUCCGGGGAGAUGCUCUGGAAAAGCCCUGUGCUCAGCAGCCUCUGGACUGCGAUGACAUCUAUGCCCAGGGCUACCGCACCGACGGGGUUUACCUCAUCUACCCCUCAGGACCCAGUGUUCCUGUGCCAGUCUUCUGUGAUAUGAGCACUGAAGAGGGCAAAUGGACGGUUUUCCAGAAGAGAUUCAAUGGCUCCGUCAGCUUCUUCAGGGGCUGGAAUGACUACAAGCUGGGCUUUGGUCGGGCCGACGGGGAGUACUGGCUGGGGCUGCAGAACCUCCACCUCCUGACCCUGAAGCAGAAGUAUGAGCUGCGUGUAGACUUGGAAGACUUCGAGAACAAUACGGCCUACGCCAAGUACACAGAAUUCUCGAUAUCCCCCAACGCCAUCAACGCGGAGGAAGAUGGCUACGCUCUCUACGUGACUGGUUUUGUAGACGGGGGCGCAGGUGAUUCUCUUUCCUACCACAGUGGCCAGAAAUUCUCCACCUUUGACCAAGACCAGGACCAAUUUGUGCAGAAUUGUGCAGCACUCUCGUCUGGAGCCUUCUGGUUCCGGAGCUGUCACUUUGCCAAUCUCAAUGGCUUCUACCUAGGGGGGACCCAUGUUUCCUAUGCCAAUGGGAUCAACUGGGCCCAGUGGAAAGGCUUCUAUUAUUCCCUCAAGCGUACUGAGAUGAAGAUCCGCCGUAUUUGAAGGCAGCACCCUUUAUGCUAUCCUAGCCUUCGUUCCCAUCUUUCGCCCAGCGCUAUACCGCUACUGGCUUACACGGCUAUUCAUUUUCCAUUCACUUCUCCCCCAUUGUAUUUUUCUUAUCAUUUGUCAGCCAGCGCUUUUUCCUGGCCCCUAAGCAAAUGGCCUCGCCUUUUGUCAAUCCCACCCAGAAGACCACGGGCACCAGGGGGGUAUAGUGGAUAGAGGGCAGCCUUGGCGUCAGGAAGACCCAGGUCCAAGCCCCAUCUCUAACACAUCCUACCUAGGUCGUCCUGGUUAAGUCAAGUAACCUGUGUCCAAAGAGAGUCUGUGACCCUACUAUGGACAAAUUUCCUAUCUAAAGAAAUGGGAUUUUCUUUACAGGAACUUUCCCACGUCAAUGAAAUUAUGUCUAAACCAAACAAAAAGCCCAAAGCUACCCAAACUUGGCUGUUAUUCAGAUUUGCCAACCCACCCCAGAUCUUGUUUAUUUUUAUGUCUAGCUAAUUGCACCAUAUCUAAGCUGAGGCCCCAUCCUGAAUGAGGAUGAAUGAAGCCACUGUUAACCUUUGACAUCCAAAGAGGGCUGGCUUCUAAUGGUGCCCUGGGUUGUCUAAUGAGCCCUGGCCAUAGACUAGCCAAGAAACCAGGUUGGUUUGACUGUUAUCCUCAGCUGUGCCUGGUUACCCGCCCCAGAAGGGGUUGCUUACGAUUGUCAUCAGGGUCCCCAAAGAGCCAGUGGUUCAUUAAGUGGUCUCUUAAAUUCCAGCCUGGAGCCAGCGGUCUUUUGGCAAUCUUCUUCGGUUGUCAAUUCUCCACUCCAGGGCCAGCUAAUAUCGUGCUGUCAUAAUGAGCUGUUGCUAUGUCCCACUCCAGAGCCAACUUCACUGUUUAUAUAUGAUGGCUGCCAACUCUCCUGCCCUAGAAUUCUGCUACUGUCAUUAUAUCCCUUCCUGAGUCCUUAUGGCCUUGCAGAGGCAAGCAUCAGAGAGGGCACAGCCCAGCACCAGCUGUGCCUGACCACCCUCAUUCCCUCCAAGUUAUUCCUGAGUCGCCUUCUGUUGUGAUUCCGUUUAUAUAAUACACUAUUGAUAAAAAUGUAUUCAAUCCAGGCACCCCACUUCAUAGAACCAAGUGCAUUUUAAAGACAAGAAUAAGGAAGAAGGGUGGGAAGGAAAUAGCUCAUUGCUGGGAUGAAGCUAUCUUACCGUAUCUUAAGUCUACUCCCAGUAAGCAGCUCCUACAUUCCCUUCAGUCUGUUCUUGAGGCAGGAGAACAGAACCCAUCUCGAGGGCAGUUUGCUAGGAGCAUGAAGUGGAAAAGGAAGCGAUGGGGCGAGGAGCAGACUAACCACAGAAAAGAGCCAAAUGGAAGGCACAAUUUGUCAAUAAACCUACAGGAAUACACCGAUCUAAAGAAA